AUGGGAAAGUUUAGUUUUGUCUUUUGUUUUUAGCAAAUGGUGUGCAUGCGUUCGACCAAUCGGAGAGGCCGACACAGAUAUUCCAGAUGGAGUCGUGUUUCAGCGCUCAUCUUCUGCGUGUGUUUGAGUCUCACUCAGACACGGUCACCGUUCAGCUCAAACCACGCAGAGCUUAAAAUAUCCACAUCGGCCGAGCGCGUCUGACUCCAGGAAGAAAACAAGACCGCGUUUGGAGAAAGUUUGCCGAUUUCCGGAAGCCUGUCCUGGCUGUUUCUUGUGUCGAGGGGGCAGAGGAAUGGCCAUCCCGACCAUGACCGACUCCGGCAGGCUUACUGAGGUGUCCACGCUGGAUUAUCUGGAUGAAGGGACCCCGGAGUGCGGAGAGGAGCCUGGUCUCCGGCCAAGGGCUUCGGAGGAACCUCAGGCGGCGGCUGCAGAAGGCAUCGUGGCGCGGGGCGUGGAUUAUCAAACGUCUGGCUUUACAAGUGAAGAAGACAGCGACCUCCAGUCAUGCAUCAGCAGCAGGUCAGACGAGGAAAGAGUGAAGAGUGAAGCUUGCUGCUUCAGAAAACGUCACAGGAGACACCGAGCAGAGAUUAAAGCCACAAGGAAAACGAGAGAGACGUGUAGAAAAGACAGAGCAAGAAUGAGAAGAGUCGUUUCAGACCGGGAGACCAGCAGCUCCUCAAGAUGCUCCAAAGAUCAAGACGUGUCCUCCUCGACUCCAGAGCGAUUAUCCCAGCCUCAGCAGAUCUCUCAAGAUGUCUUAUACCGUCCUCAAGACGCCGGCGUUUCCCGCCUCUGCCUUCACAAGCUGGAAGUCGACUUCCCCUCGACCUUUGAGUCUCGCAGUUUGAUUUCCGAUGUCGUGGGACCAAACCUGGACUCUGAGUUGGCGUAUAUUUACGCUGAAAGCAUCAAAGGAUGCGACUCGUCCUGCUGCACUGCUCCAGGAGACUGCAGCACCCACAACCCCCUUGUCCAAACCGAACGAGCCCCUGAAUCUGUCUGGAACAGCUUUGAGGAAGAAUCUGAAGACUUAUACAUGUCUGCUUGGAGCACAGCGGCUACUGCGGGGUCCAGAUUAAACUCGUCUUUACUGGAUGACUUUGGCUUGGCUUGUAUUUAUACAGACUGGGAAAGGAGAGAAAGAGAGCAGGCUUCUGAGACGUCGGCCGAGCGUGACUCGUACGGUACCACAGACCCGGAUUCAGAGGCCCCCGGUGAUAGAAAACGUCCGGACGGAUGGCUUGAAGCCCUUCUGCCGGGAAUCGACUGCUGGGAUGUCGCUGAAGACGUCUGCCGAGGCACAGAGAGCCUUUCGGAGUGUUUUUGCUCCGGACGGGACGCAGGUGAACCGUGGGGUGGCGUGACUCAAAUGGACCGCCGGCAUUUCUCUGAACUUUUCUGUGAAAUGAUUAAAGAAGUGACGCGGGAGAAAGACACGGAGAAAAUGAAUGUAAACGAGGGGUUUCUGUUCCACCCUAAACAGUUCCUGCAGGUGAAGAACUCAGAAUAUCGAGAGGGUCAUGAAUAUUCAUUUCUCCGUCACAUUCAAAACGGCUCAUAUGGAGACGUCUUCAGCAUUCGGGACAAACAAACAGGAUUUACUUGCGCCGCCAAAAAGAUUCCCCUUUGUAGUUUUAGGUGGGAGGAAGUGGAAACGUGGAGCAGGAUGGAGUCUCCUCGUGUCCUCCAGCUGUUUGGGGCCGUGAGAGAAGGACCCAAUGUGAUUCUCUUCAUGGACUUGAAAAGAGGUUCUUUAGCUCAGCUGCUGAGAGUGAAGGGUCGUCUGUCUGAAGAGCUGGCUCUGUAUUAUCAUUCUCAGGUUCUUCAGGCUCUCCAGCACCUGCACAGCAGACGCGUCGUACACCUGGAUGUCAAAGUUGACAACGUGUUGCUGUCUGAGGAUGGCAGACAGUGUUUCCUCUGCGAUUUUGGACUCUCUGAGACUCUCAAUCAGGGUGGAUACAGCACCAGAACCUUCAGAGGGAGCAUUCUGCGUGGCACGGAGUCUCACAUGCCUCCGGAGGUGGCGAGGGGUGAUCCUCGCUCUGCUAAAGCGGACGUCUGGAGCAGCUGCUGUAUGUUCCUGCACAUGCUCAACGGACACCAGCCCUGGACGCGAUACUACCCUCAUCCUCUCUAUCUGAAGAUUGUGAGUGAACCGCCACCUUUGUGGGAGAUUCCUCCCGACUGUGACCCGCUGACCUGUGAUGUCAUCAAAGGGGGACUGGUUAAGGAGCCGAGAGAAAGACAUUCGGCUUCAGAACUGCUGCUGAAGACUGUGAAAGCACUCAGAACAGUAUGUGGGCACUCUGGUCCUGAAGAAUCAGCUAGACAGCAUUCAGCAUCUGCAUUCGAGGGCUGUCUGAAUGUGAACUUGCGUGAGACGCCUGUCCCAUCCAUCCCAGAAACUCCAGUGAAAACAAGUCCUCCUGGCUUCCCAGAAGACCUCUCGGCACCCACGAUCCACUGGGUGAGCACGUGGAGACAGACGGCUGCAAACGAGGAUGAUUCUGACUCCGCGACGGAGGAAGAUGAGUGGGAUGAAGAUGCAGAUAUGAACAGACUGAGAAGAGACAAAAUGAGGAGCUGGAUGGACAGAUACUGGGGUGAGGAGGAAAAUAACGAGGAACAAAACUUCUCAGAAGAUGACAGGGAGCUCGACUCUGAUGAAGACACAUCGCAGAUCGAUGAAAAUGUCAACGCGGCACAUCAAACUAGCAAAACUGAUUAUUUCGCCGAAAAAAGAGUUGUGUUUGGGGGAUGCGGUGAAUAUGACAGAAGUCUUUUAGAGGAAUCGGAGAGCUGGGACGGAGAGACCCGAAGCGUUGUGGAUGAUGAGGAGGUGGAGAGCGAUCUGGAGAGUCUCAGAGAGCUCGGCAGCGAUUGGGAGCAGGAGUGGGAACCGUUUCUACAGCUCCAGACACUUUAUCGACCGAAAGAGGCUCAACUGCAGAGCGAAGACAGCUAUUCGGAGUCUGAAGAAGAGUCGGUCAUGCUGAGAGAGAGUGAACAAAAAGGCACAAGUUUACCUGAUUCUCAUGGACAGCAACCUUUUACCUGCACCAUCGGCUGUGACUCUGAGCAAGACCUUAGUGAUGAGGACUCUGAUGAUUUAAGCUCGGGGGUCUUUUCCUCUUGCAGCACCGCAGACGGUCAAAGCUUUAAUGUAGAUUGGUCAGUGUCAACCGAUCAGACGCCUUCUUGCUACUUUGAAGGUCUUGGCGUGGAUAUAUGGGUGGAAGACGUAAGCGGAGAGAGUUUAAAGAUCAGAGAGAGGCCGCAGGUGAAAAUCGGACACGUUGCUGUGGGAAUCAGUGAACAGAUAUCUCUGAGGACCUUCAGUUUGGCCACCCUAGACGGCCGUCUGGUGUCUCCGGACACAGAAGUGUGCGAGUCAGGCAUGUGGUUGCAGUGCCUUCCUGCUCCCGACGGCAGUCCCAAUUGGGAUUGGAGGGUCCGAGACGGAAAACUGGAGCUGCAAGAAUAUGACGAACAUUCAGAUACCUGCUCAACAGUGGCACUCUAGCAAAAGUGACCAUUACAAACAGAACUGAGCUUUAUACAUCUCAUUCCAUUAUUGUUAUUUUUGUGCGUGUGAAUGUGAAGUAACUUGAGUCUAACUGACGUUAAAUUCUCUCAGUUUACUAAGCUUAAUCAUGAUAUUUUGAACUGUACAAUAAUUUGGAUGCAAAUGUACAUUGCACCUACAUUGUAA